AUGCAUCAAUUUGUUCUGCUUUCCAUUUUUGUCUUCUUCAUCUCUGUUUCUGGCAUCGUACAAUCCGACAAUGCACCAGUUCAACCGCCGAGACUCGCCGAGAAACAGGAGCCUCAGCCGUUUAUCACUCCUUCUGCUAAACCACAUCGCGGUUAUUCACCAUCAAAGUCUCCGUCGUUUCCUCCAAUCCCUACUUUACAUCCUCCGGCAAUCCAUAACUCCCCGCUGGCACAACAUCCGACGACUUCUCCGAAGUCUCCGGGGAGAAAACAUGUUUCCUCCCCAACCAUUGCGUCUCCUGUGAAAUCAACUAUUUUUACUCCGGCGGCAUCCCCUAUUUCCUCCCCGACAGCCGUGACUCCUGUGAAAUCCCCUGUUUUUGCUCCGGUUACUUCUCCUUCGUCCUCCCCGACCAUUGCGGCUCCAGGAAUAUCCCCUGGUGUUUCUCCGGCGACUACCCCUGUUUCUUCCCGAACCAUAUCACCUUCAUUGAAAUCCCCUAUUUUUUCUCCGGAAAAUUCUCCAGUUUUCUCUCCGACCAUUGCGUCUCCAUUGAAAUCCCCUGUUUUUGCUCCGGCGACUUCCCCUGUCUCCUCUCGAACCAUAGAGACGCCGUUGAAAUCCCCUGUUUCAUCUCAUACCAUAGCGACUCCUUCGAAGUCCCCUGUUUCCUCUCCUACCAUAGCGACUCCUUCGAAACCCCCUGUUUCCUCUCGAAGCAUUGCCUCUCCUAUGAAGUCCCCUGUUUUAUCUCCCGCCACUGCCCCAGUUUCCUCUCUGACUCCCGUCUCUGCUCCAGCGAAAACCCCUGUUUUCCCUCCGUCUAUGAAUCCAGUGAAGUCUCCUACAUCCGCUCCUACGACGAGUCCCUCUGCGUCCACGGAAUCGCCCAUCACUGCUCCAGCGAAUCAGCCACCGGUUCCGGCCGAUGCACCCUGGAUCGCAGCAACAUCGCCGGUGACAACACCUGGUAUUCCUUCAAGCCCCUCGACUCCAGCUAAUGCGCCGGAUAUAUUUCCUUAUGGACGCGGUCCCGUGAGUAAUUCUGCACCGGCGACAUCAAAGUUGGCGCCGGAUAUUGCUGAGGCCGAGGAUAAGUCGGCUUCUAAAUCCGUUCAACACCAUGUUUUAUGCGCAUUGCUCAUCUUAGUGGCCACUUUGUUAUCUAUAGGAUAA